CGGUUUGCCAGAUUAGCAGCCAUUUUGUUCACUUAUGUCGAUCAGGGUGAAUUGUCAUACCAGUUGUAGAAGAGAUCUGUGAUAACGACAUAGCGAGAUGAUCAGACCUCAAACGUCAGAUUCAUCCACUAUUCCAAUAGUACAAUUCCCAGGUUCCGUAAGCCCUACGGAUGACCGAGGGGACAGAGCAAGACCCCAAGAACGACGCAUGCGGCGUUUCCAACCACACUGGCAGGACGCAUAUCCCUGGGUGUUCUUCGACGAGGUAUUGGGCAAGAUGUUCUGCAGAAUCUGCAAAGAAAACCCCGAUGUUUCGGAUCCGGCUUCUGCAUACUUUACAGGUGGUUGUUCCAAUUUCCAGAUCAUGUCCCUUCAGAGUCAUGCCAAGAGCAAAGGUCACAUCAGUGCUGAGGAAGUCGCUCGAAUGAAGUCGGGGGCAGGCGUAGACGUGUUCCACACCUGGAGCCCUGACCAAACUUCAACAGAUGCAUCAUCUCCAUCAUCAUCCUCUGGACCUGCAAUAGCCGGACACCCCAUGCAAUUUGCUCAUCCCAUUCACCUGUUCACCAACAACGUCAGGGCUUCUCAAUACAAGAGCACAACUGAUAUGAUUAAUGAAGGCUUUAGGGCCAUGCACGACAGACUCUUAAAAAAUAUGGACACGACUCGUUCAGAAGGUUCUGUGUUCCCUGCGAGGCAACUCAGUUCCUACACAGCACCAACCCAGGGUAUGAUGAAGCAACAGUAUCCCCCCAGUUCCACCUACCACAACACUGAAUCUGCAGACAGUCUGAGAGAAUCCCCAGGACAUCCCAGAGUUUUCUCACACAAAGUUAUCCCUCGCACAAAGUGAAAGCCAUGUUUUUAAAUGCACAUGCUGCCGCUAAGAGAGGCAUGUCGAAACAGGACUACGUGUGGAUGUGCGACUUGGAUAAAGCCAAAGGACUGGACAUGGGAGACCAGCACGACGCUGAAGAAUGCCAAACAAUACAGAAAUUGAUUGCGAAAUCUGUAACUAAUCGACUUCGAGCUGCCAUUGAAAAGUGCCGUUACUUCUCCGUUAUAUGUGACACAGUAACUACACGCACUGCUGACAUGCUUGUCUUUUACAUUAAAACUACUGAACGAGGAAGAUCACGAUGUUACGUUGUGAGCGCCUUAACUGUAGAAGCAAAGCAGGAAGGGAGCUUUUCAGAACAGUUGGAGAAGGCUUUGGGGACAGAACUGGAUGGCAUCAACUGGAAACCAAAGCUGAUCGGUGUCCUCCAUAAUGUAGACAUGAAGUGGUAUGAGACCAAGAAAGUCCCGGACCCUCCUGUAGCUAAACCAGAGAUUGCUUCUGUCAAAAUAAAAACAGAGCCAGGUGUCACGCCAUCACCAUCACCUCCACCUCCACCACCACCACCACCACCCGCAACGGAGACGCCACCACCACUGUUCGCACAUAGGUGUCUUCUCCACCGAAUUCAGCUGUUUGUGACGGAGACAAUUAGACCGCUUCCCUACGAUAAACAAAUCUCAGACGGUCUCAGAUUGGUGAAACAACUUUGUGAGGAUGUGUUCCCAAAUUCCUUGUCCCGGAAAAGCGGAGAGUCUUUGUGCGAGCAGACAACAUGGCCAUCAGAUAGACUUGCUGAUGUUCUUGUUUUGACAAAGAAGUUCUCCAGUAUUAUGGGAGUAUUAAACAAGCAGGAAAACAGGAGUUGUCCAAGCAUUCCAGAUGUGAUGCAUUUCUUCAAGUCCCAUCGUUUUGUCAAAUAUAUUCACUUUUUGUCUGACCUUCUGGGAGUUCUCGACAAUGCUUUCCAAACACUUGGGAAAAGUGACACCACCAUUGGAGAGGUGUACGAGACCAUCAGCGACACCAUUGACAACGUGAAGAAAUUACAAAAAAGAUCGGGACAACAGCUUGUGAAAGUCGAAAAAGAUCCAGAAUUCCAAGGCUUCUUCCUCUCGACUGAAGGUAUGGAUGAUUUUGAGACUGACCGUGAAUUCAUUCUGACGUCACUCGUCGCUGACCUUGCACCCCGAUUGUGUGACCUUCAGGAAGACAAGAUGGCCGCCAUGGCAAAACUUGCAAGUCUUCAACAAUGGCCCGAGGACACAGAAGACCUGAAAGACUAUGCCGAUGAGGACCUUCUACUUAUUGUUGAGACCUACAGCGGCGUCCUGCGUGACAGCGGAGUCGACACUGACAAGUGCCUGAUGGAGUGGUCUCAGCUGAAAAAUCAUGUCCGGCGGAGAUUUUCAAGUCCUGCCAAUACUUCGUGGGAAAGCAUCAUACCGACUUGUAAGGGAAAGUGUGAGAAUGUCCUAGCUGUUCUAUCGUUUAUUCUUACCAUUCCUGGACAGUCGGUUGAGGUAGAGAAGGGAUUUCACUAUCUUCAGCGACGGAACAAAGAGGAGUGUCUUCUAGCAGAUGAAGUGCGCGACCAGCUGCGAAUUUUCCAUAAUCUGCCGAACAUUGGUGAAUUUGACCCGGAUCCAUACAUGGAAACUUGGCAAGAACACAAUAUUCAAGAUGGCGUGCCGCCUAAGAAGAAAGCUCGCCGAAUCACGCCGGAGGAAGACGAGGAAGCGUAUCCAGUGUUCUUCUCAGAGUGAACAUAUUCUUCGUUUAAAAACAUGUGACUUAAAGUGACUUAUUUGAUUUUUACGGUAAAACGUUGGAGAUAGAUGUUUGCAGUGUGCGAAAUAGUUUCCAAAUUUUGCUUGCCAGUCGGGCUAGCUGUACCUGAAAGUUACUAGCCCACAAAAUAAUUCAUUAGCCCGACAUUUGAAUGUAGAAACUAAGCAAGAGAUUAUGCAAUGGGAAGCUGCUAAUAUCAUGAACAUUUGUUUCAAGCCAUAAUCAUGCAUGAUUUAAAAGUGUAUUGCAACUUAGUCAGAGAGAGCUGUAUUUACAGAAUUACUCCAUGAAAAUCACUGAGUCUGUGGAGAUUAACUGGCCCCACUGGAUUUUACAAGCCACGGGCUAUUUCGUACCCUAGAUGUUUGUAUGUACUUUCUAAUGUUCCAACAACACACCAAUAAUAAUAAUAAAACAAUGAAUUUAUUU